AUGGAGAAGGGGGAUGAAAAAGGUCAUUCACGAAUGCUGGCCGACGCUGUACCUAGACAAGACGAUGUUUAUGAGGAAUGGAUGGCCUCAGAAACGUGGGCGUUUCGCAAGCAGGAGGAAAAUGCGAUCAGCGUCAUAGAACGCGGAAUUGAAAGUGAUGCUAGGAGCAACCAGCUUUACGCAAGUGAAGGAAGAAGACCAGCAGAUCGCUUUGUUCAAGGAGUUCGAGGAGUUUGUCGGAUUCAAGCUGGAGGAGACUACUGGCCGAAAACGGAAGCUCUGGUGGUGAAAGAGGACCUGAGGAUUCUCAGCGUGGAUAUGCAAAGCAAGAAGUAA